UGCCAGCGCCCGAUGGGUCUACAGUCGGGUACGGUGAGGGAUGACCAGUUGUCCGCCCGGUGUAUCUCCACCUCUCCCCUGUACGGCUGGGCGGCCCAGGGCCGGCUGCACAACUCGCCUUCGGUAACAAACGCAACUGCCGGCGCCUGGGUGGCCUGUAACCCCAACCGGACCGGACUCUUUCUGCAGGUCGACUUCCUGAAAGUUCGGAACGUUUCAGGCCUGAUGACGCAGGGCCAGGACGGGAUGUACACGGCGAGUUAUCAACUUCUCUACAGCACGGACGGGCAGAGGUGGACGCUGUAUCAGGACGAGGAGAACGCGAGCCCCAAGGUCUUUGAUGGUAACACGGAUGACGUCGGGACGGUGACGCACUACUUCGACUCGGGACCCAUCACUGCCCGUUAUUUCCGUAUCCUUCCGCUGACCCACGGUGGCGGGAACUUCGCCCUGCGACUGGAGGUGCUCGGCUGUGCCUGGUGUGACGCUGACCGCCCCUGUGUGGGCACGGCCGGGUGUGAGGACCUGGUGGACGACUACGUGUGUGACUGUAGAGUGGACUGUAGACAGGGCAAGAACUGUCAAUACGAUUACUGCAACGGUACGAUGCCUUGGUCUACGCCUCCAACUACAGAGAUGAUGACGACCGUCGCCAAGUCGUGCGCUAACGGCCUGCAGCCCUGGGAACGAGCUCUGAUUGUCAUCUUCACCAUCUGCCCCCUAGCGGCCGCGGCAGUGUUGAUCACCUUUCUGACUCAGAGGUGAGUUAAGGUACCUCCGGCUGAAGUACCAGAUGACGACAGCCUAUGGCCGCCCUGUCUCUCCUCAGCCGUCAAUCAUCUCUUAUGACGUCAGUAAGGU